CCAGAUUUCUCUCUCUCUCCUCCACAACCUUCACUGUCCCAUCAGACGUAGUUUUGUCUCUCCGAAAACUCAGCAGAUGAAUCCUUUGCUCUGUGUUUUUCAAACCUACCUACAUAUCUCUUGACCCGAGGACCUAUUGGGACACCAAUUGCACUUUGCGAGCUCAGUUCCUCUCUCUCUCCAUAGAUUCUCCUAACGUAUUUUUAUAUUCUUGAUCUCACGAUGAUGCAAUAAUCCUAUAAUCUCCAAGGCACUGUCACGCCUUCUAUCUCACUCUCUUCCUCUCUCUUUUUUCCCCCAAAUUAAAAAAGCAGAAGAAGGAGACAGAAUGUCCCAUGUGUUAGCAGUAAAUGGGCCGGUAAAGAUGGCACGAGGACUAUGGGGGGGAACAGGGUCCUGGCUGGGAGUUAUUUUUUGCCUUAUUGUUCUGGUAUGUCAGUCAUUCCACCUUGCAAACCUGCGGAGGGAACUCUCAGAAAUUCAAAAAAGAAAAGAAGACAUCGGAGUGGAGGUGAGUGAUCCGACACAGACUGGAUAUCCAUAAGGAGGGCAGUGACCUCUGGACACUAAAAUGUUUAAGAGUAAGGGACAUUGUAAUAGGCUAAACAGUCACACCAAGUGAGAGCUACUAAUAGUGACAUGCUUAUUGUGUUAAAUGUAAAGUGACUUCAUGACAAUGAUAUGUGUAAUGGAAAUGUGUUUGAACGUAAAAAUGAUCACAUUUGGUGUAUUAAAGGGACAGUGACCUAAUGUUUGUGACAUGUUUAAUGGCUUAAAGGGACAGUCCCAUGUAAAGUGAUCUAAUGACAGUGACAUGUUUAAUGGCUUAAAGGGACAGUCCCAUGUAAAGCGAUCUAAUGACAGUGACAUGUUUAAUGGGUUAAAGGGACAGUCCCAUGUAAAGCGAUCUAAUGACAGUGACAUGUUUAAUGUCUUAAAGGGACAGUGCCAUGUAAAUGAUCUAAUGACAGUGACAUGUUUAAUGUCUUAAAGGGACAGUCCCAUGUAAAGCGAUCUAAUGACAGUGUCAUGUUUAAUGGGUUAAAGGGACAGUCCCAUGUAAAGCGAUCUAAUGACAGUGACAUGUUUAAUGGGUUAAAGGGACAGUCCCAUGUAAAGCGAUCUAAUGACAGUGACAUGUUUAAUGGGUUAAAGGGGCAGUCCCAUGUAAAGUGAUCUAAUGACAGUGACAUGUUUAAUGUGUUAAAGGGACAGUCCCAUGUAAAGUGAUCUAAUGACAGUGACAUGUUUAAUGGGUUAAAGGGACAGUCCCAUGUAAAGCGAUCUAGAGACAGUAACAUGUUUAAUGUCUUAAAGGGACAGUCCCAUGUAAAGUGAUCUAAUGACAGUGUCAUGUUUAAUGGGUUAAAGGGACAGUCCCAUGUAAAGCGAUCUAAUGACAGUGACAUGUUUAAUGGGUUAAAGGGACAGUGCCAUGUAAAAUGAACUAAUGACAGUGACAUGUUUAAUGGGUUAAAGGACAGUCCCAUGUAAAGUGAUCUAAUGACAGUGACAUGUUUAAUGGGUUAAAGGGACAGUCCCAUGUAAAGUGAUCUAAUGACAGUGACAUGUUUAAUGGGUUAAAGGGACAGUCCCAUGUAAAGUGAUCUAAUGACAGUGACAUGUUUAAUGGGUUAAAGGGACAGUCCCAUGUAAAGUGAUCUAAUGACAGUGACAUGUUUAAUGGGUUAAAGGGACAGUCCCAUGUAAAGCGAUCUAAUGACAGUGACAUGUUUAAUGGGUUAAAGGGACAGUCCCAAGUAUAGUGACCUAAUGACAAUGACAUGUUUAAUGGGUUAAAGGGACAGUCCCAUGUAAAUUGAACUAAUGACAGUGACAUGUUUAAUAGGUUAAAGGGACAGUCCCAUGUAAAUUGAAUGACAGUGACAUUGUAAAGGGUUAAAGCAGCGGUUCCCAAACACACAGAGGUGCCGCAAAAGGUUUCCCUGGUGCUAUGAUCAUAUGAUCAUAGAACCGAGAAAAUUGUGCUGUGACUCGCUUUCCCCUGCCAGCUCUGCAGGGCCGGAGGGGAGAUCAGAGAUCUCCCUCACUGGCCCGGUAGCACUGUAAUGCUGGCAGCCGGCAGGGGAGGGAGAGGGGACCCGGGGACCUCUAAUCUGCAGUUCUACCUUCUCCUUUUGCGAGUGAUCUCUAGCUACCGGAGCUGCUAGAGUUCACUCUCACCACUAGGGCUUCUCCCCGCACCACCAGGGAUUAGUACUGUCCCCCCUCCCAGGCAAAAGAAAAGAAGGGAGGGGGGGAUAUGAAAAUUAUUAUUAUUAUUAUUAUUACAACCUACAAAUUUGUUUUGAUUUGAGAUGCCUUGAAAAAAUAUUGAAAUAUUAAAGGCACGUUGAAGCUAAAAAGUUUGGGAACCACUUGGUUAAAGGGACACAAUAAUCACCAAAACAACUUUAGCGUAAUAUUUGUGUAUAGAUCAUGCCCCUGCAGUUUCACUGAACAAUUAAGAGUAAAGUUGCGUUUGUUUCUGUUUCUUUAGCCCUAGCCACAUAAAAAAAAUUGUUUCAUUCUCAAUCAGAAGUUAACUUGCUUUAGAAGUUUUGUAUUUCCUGCUCUGUAAAUUGAACUUGAGUCAUAUUCAGGAAGCUAUUAGCAGUGGAGAAGAUAAGAAAUUCUAAAUAAAACAGAAUUUUCAAUGAAAGAAGUGUAAACAUUACAUCUCAGUUUACAGGAAGUGUUUAUGAGGGCUGUGCCAGUCACAUGCAGCAAGGGCUAUAUAAAUAACCCCUUAAAACCACAGGGCGUUCUAUGCCGUCCUUAUUUAGAUGGUUCUAAACGCCGCAGGGCGGCAUAGAACGCAUUUUGUACUUACCCGGUCGCUGGCGAUCCCAUGCCGGCGAUCGCGGUAUGGGGACUUACCUGGGAGCCCAGGGAGUCCCCCUCUGUCCUCUUCGGCCCCCCUGGGCCAAGUGAUUGUGAGGUCCUUGCGAGGACCCCGCGAUCACAUGGACGGCAUAGCCGUCCAAGGCAUCGCCAGCAGUAAUGACAGGUACUCCCCCUGCUGCCUGGAAAUAAAAAUAAAAGAUGUUAAAACAGUGUAAAAUUAAAUAAUAUAUACUUAUUUAUUAUAUAUAUGAUCUAAGUAUAUAUAUAUAUAUAUGUAUAUAUAUAUAUAUAUACACAUAUGCACACAUACACAUAAAUACACAUACACUGUCUACGUGUAUUUUAAUAUUAAUAUAUACAUAAUUAUAUAUAUAUUAAUAUCAAAAUACACGUACAAUGAUAUUGAUUAAAUAUAUAUAUAUAGUUUUCAUUAUAUAUGUAUUUAUAUAUAAUAAAAAUAAAUAAAUAUAGAAAUACGUUAAAUAAUAAAAUAAAAAAAUAAUUAAAAAUAAAUAGAUAAAAAAUAUAUAUGCAUGCGUAAUUUCGUUCUAACUGUAUUUUAAAAUUAAUAUAUAUACAUAUUGAUAUCAAAAUACAUGUAGAACGAAAUAAUAUAUAUAUCUAUCUAUAUACAUAAGUAUAUACGUAUAUAUCACUAUAUAUAUACCUAUAUAUAAAUAAAAAUAAUUUGAAAAAAUUAUAUACAUAUAUAUAUACACAUAUAUAUACACACACACACAUAUAUAUAUAUAUAUAUAUAAAUAAUAAUAAUUCUACGUAUAUAUUUAUGUAAUAAUUUUACAUAAUUAGGUCAUUUUAUUAAUUACAAUUUGAGGGACCUGCCUGACAACCCAGGCUGAAAGUAAAGGGAAUUUAAUUUGCUAGCACUAUAUUUAACCCUGUAACUUUCCAAGACACCAUAAAACCUGUACAUGGGGGGAACUGUUUUACUCGGAAGACUUCGCUGAACACAAAUAUUAGUGUAUUACAAUGUAUUACAACGAUGAUAUCGUCAGUGACAGUGACAUUUUUUGCAUUUUUCACACACAAAUGGCGCUUACACUGACAAUAUAAUUGUUGUGAUACGUUUUACUGUUUUGAAACACUAAUAUUUGUGUUCAGCGAAGUCUCCCGAGUAUAACAGUACCCCCCAUGUACAGGUUUUAUGGUGUUUUUAAAAGUUACAGAGUCAAAUAUAAGGCUUGCCUUUCAGUUUUUUCACAUUAAAAUUCGCCAGGUUGCCUUUGAGACCGUACGGUAGCCCAGGAAUGAAAAUUACCCCCAUGAUGGCAUACCAUUUGCAAUAGUAGACAACCCAGGGUAUUGCAAAUGGGGUAUGUUCAGUCUUUUUUAGUAGCCACUUAGACACAAACACUGGCCAAAAUUUGCAUUCAAAUUAGUUUUUUGCAUUUUCAAAUAUUAACACUAACUUUGGCCAGUGUUUGUGACCAAGUGGCUACUAAAAAAGACUGGACAUACUCCAUUUGCAAUACCUUGGGUUGUCUACUUUUGCAAAUGGUAUGCCAUCAAGGGGGUAAUUCUUAUUCCUGGGCUACCAUAUGGUCUCAAAGGCAACGUAACCAAUCUGGCAAAUUUCAAUGUGAAAAAAAUGAAAUAUGUAACACGCUAUAUUUGACCCUGUAACUUCCCAAAACACCAUAAAACCUGUACAUAGGGGGUACUGUUUUACAAGUGAGACAUCGCUGAAUACAAAUAUGUGUAUGCUACUGCAGUAAAAGCAAACAGUAUUAUGACAUUCACAGUUAAGAUGUCACGCAGAACUAAAAAAAAUGUUUUACAUUCUUAUUUUCUCCCAUUUUUUUUAUAUUUUUUUCAUAUUAAAUUAUGUUCCAUACCUAAAUAUUUGAUGUUAAAUGAAAGCCCUGUUUCCCCUGAAUAAAAUGAUAUAUAAUAAGUGUGGGUGCAUUUAAUAUGAAAGAGGUGAAUUACGGUUGGACAGACAUCCAGCGCAAAUGCCAGGUUUUGUUUACGUUUUGUUUUGAUCACAACUUGUACAUUUGGCUGCGGUCUUAAGGGGUGAACUGCUAAAGUUCUGACCAAAACAAUAUCAAAACAAAACCUAAAAUAUGAUUAUAUAAGAAACAGGGCUUUAAUUUAUUAUCUAAUAUUUAUAUACGAAACAUAAAAUUAUAUGAAUACAUUCUAAAAAAAAGUGUGAGAAAUUAAGAAAUAUUAUUUUCUCAGUUCUGCGUCGCAUUUUAAUUGUGACUGUUAUAGUAUUGUGGCGGGACCACUGCCGUCAGUGAAUUGUAUGUACUAUCCCCUGUGCCCCUCCAUGUAGUUGUGAUGUAUUCCUAUGUUUUCCCUGCUCCCCGUUCGGGUAAGCUCAUACGAACGGGUUAUACGACCACCCCGAUACCCCAUUUAGAAUGUUGCUUUAGAAUGUUCAGAAUGUUUCUAACAAACCUGUGUCUUAUCCACACUCAUGUCGCUUUAACCCCUGUGUCACAACUCAACUUUGAAUUCUAUGUGUCGUCUUGCUCAUGAAUGCUUCAGACUUGAGAAAGGGAGGUUCUCCCGAAAGCUUGUCAUUAAAAAAUUCUGUUAGUCCAAUAAAAAAGGUAUUACAAGAUACAAAUUUUAUCUUUUUUUUUACAUCUACAUCACUGGACUAAUACGGCUACAAUCUCUACAUAUAUAUAUAUAAAAUUUUGUGAAAAUUAUUUUAUUUGUAUAUAUAGAUAGAUAUAUAUAUAGAUAUAAUUCAAUUCUAAGUGUAUUUUGAUAUCAAUAUAUAUAUAUAUUAAUAUCAAAAUACAGUUAGAAUGCAAUUACGCACACAUAUAUAAUUUGUUAAAUUUAUUUUUAUAUUAAUAUAUAUGCAAUGAACAAAGUAAACGAAAACAAUUGAAAUCGCUCAACACAACCAUUGCUUCAAGUGGUUUCCCAAAUUCAACAGAAAAUGCAACUUAUAAUAUCUUCUUCAGUCUCAAAAUGAUUCGAGCCCCUUAUUAGAUUCAAUGACAACAUUACAAAUAUGCAAAACAGGUGUUGUCUCAAGGACACUGAAUGCAACUAAUCAAGGGCUUAAUUAGUUGCAACAAAUGUGCUUGAGCUGAAACACUUAAAAUACAUUGACCGGCAAAGGGCUUGUUGAGUGUCAUGUUUGACUACAUGUUAGAAAUAUGGGUAAGUCAAAGGAAUGGUCCAUAAAAGUAAGAGAAGAGAUCAUCGUCCUUCACAAACAAGGAACAUGAUACAAAAAGAUAGCAAAGACACUGAAUGUUUCUAGAGACACCAUUGGAAGCAUAGUAUGAAAGCUCAAAGUUUAAGGAACAGUGUUUACACUACCUGGAUGGGUCAGAAAAAGGAAGCUAUCAAUAGCUGCAACCAGAUUUCUUAAAAGGUAGUUUGUUCCACAAUGGAAUUACCCGCUAACUGCAAUCACCUACGUACUUAUAUAUGGACAUGGACUGGACAUAAGUUUAGAGAACCAACUGAGGAAGCCACAACAGGCGAAAUGCGUAUUGGCUUAUUGAUAUUUUAUCCUUUUAUAUUCUAUAUAGCUUUUUUAUGUAUAGUUUUCAAUAAAUCUAUUUUUUAUCAUCUCAUCCUCUGGAUCCUCUCCUAUUUAUUGUAAGCACCACUACCAGCCACAGAAGGGCUAGGAUCACCCUGGAAUAGAUCCUGAAGCCAUCUAUACCAGAACCAGGUUUCAGAUUGGCUCUGAUUUUGUGAGUGUUUCCUUGCGCAUAUUGUUCUUUUAAUAUUUAUUGUUAAAUUGUCUGCACUAUUUUGUGUAUCUCUCUUUCUCCACAGUAUUAUAUUGAGAAGAGGAGAGAAUAGUAUUGCUCCAUCCAUUGUGUCUGCAUAGUUUGUUAAAUACCCUAUGACAACAAAGUAUCUGCAACAAAGACUUGGUAGCAACAAGCACCGAGAUUUCAGUAGGCACAGUAAGGCACAUACUAAACGCAGAAGGUUUCCAUGCCAGAACUCCAAGACAUACACCACUACUGACCCAAAUGUACAAGAAAAUGCGGCUCCAAUAUGUUCAAAAUAAUACAAAUAAGCUUUUAGGAUUCUGCUCUGUGGAGAAAUUAAACUUUUCAGCCCAAUGGAUCGGCGGUAUGUCUUGAGAAAGAAGAAUGAAGCAUACACCAUAAAGAACACUCUGCCUACAGUUAAGCAUUGUAGUGGCUCGGUGAUGCUCUGGGACUGCUUUGCACUUCUCUGGCACUGGAAACCUGCAGUGAGUGGAAGGCAAGAUAGAUUUAUUUCAGUAUCAGGAAAUCCUAGGACAAAACAUUUUGUCGUCUGUGAGGAAGCUGAGGCUUGGGCAUCAUUGGACCUUCCAACAAGACAAUGGUCUCAAGCAUACCUCAAAUUCAACCAAAACUCAGUUGCAGAAGUCCUGGAAAAUUCUACAGUGGCCAUCACAGUCACCUGACUUGAACCCCAUAGAAAAUCUCUGGUGGGAUUUGAAGAAGGCGGUUGGAUCACGCAAACCCAAGAAUAUUACUAAACAGGAGGACUUUGUCUGGCUAUGCAUCUCGUGUGCAGUAGGUCAUAACAGCAAAAGGGUGUUCUACUAAAUACUAAAGAUUACCUGCGCUCUCUCCUUAAUCCCUAAAUUUGUCUAAAUAUACAUAGAGAUUAAGGAGAGAGCGCUAUUUCAAUUGCUUCUAUUUGAUUUGUUCAUUGCAAACAGCUGAAGGUCUGUAAAUGUUAACAAUAAACCUUUUCAGUGGGGGUUGAAUAAUUUUGAUUAGAACUUUACAUAUAUAUUUGAAAUACACUUAGAAUUAAAUUGUAUGUGUGCCUAUAUACAUGUACUUAUCUGGUGUAUCUUUACUGAGUUUUUUAGAUUAUUAAUAAACUGUUUUCAAAGUUUGUAUUAACUUUACUUUUCAGUUUGGGAGACUGCCUCACAACCCAGGCAGUGCCCCUGCAGGCAGCACAGCUUACUGCUGUUCUGGUCAUGUGAUUGUGACGCUAUCGCGAUCACAUGACCCAGAAUGGCUGGACUGGCAGCAGGGGGUCAGGCAGUCCCCCCCCCCGAAACCAGAUUGCUGUGAAGGGUAAGGGUAAGGUGGGGUUGCAGUCCACUGGUCAUUCUAUGCCACCCUGCGGCACUAAAGCCCACAUUUUUCAGGAUGGCACAACACGCCCGGCAGUGUUAAGGGGUAAAAGAAACAGCCCAUGUAAAGUGACCUAAUGUCAGUGACAUGUUUAAUGGGUUAAAGGGACAGCCCAUGUAAAGUGCCCUAAUGACAGUGACAUGUUUAAUGGGUUAAAAGGACAGUCCCAUGUAAAGUGCCCUAAUGACAGUGACAUGUUUAAUGGGUUAAAGCAAAAGACCCAUGUAAAGUGCCCUAAUGUCAGUGACAUGUGUAAUGGGUUAAAGGGACAGCCCAUGUAAAGUGCCCUAAUGACAGUGACAUGUUUAAAGGGUUAAAGGGGCAGUCCCGUGUAGAGCGACCUAAUGUCAGUGACAUGUUUAAUGGGUUUAAGGGACAGUACAUGUAAAGUGACCUAAUGAAUAUAACAUUAUAAAUAUUAUUAUUUUAUUAUUUAUAUAGCGCCAUCAGAUUCCGUAGCGCUGUACAAUGGGUGGACUAACAGACAUGUCAUUGUAACCAGACAACUGGACGUACAGGAACAGAAAGGUGGAGGGCCCUGCUCAAUGAGUUUACAUGCUAGAGGGAGUGGGGUAUAGUGACACAAAGGGUAAAAGUAGGGGUAUGAAGUAGGUUGUUAGAAAAGUAUUCACUGAGGGCUAAGUAGGUAAUUUUUUGACAGUUGCAGGAGAGGAGUCAUGGGGGUGGGGGAUAAAAAACUUGCUAACAGUUUAAUUGAUGUGCUUUCUUGAAGAAGUGAGUUUUCAAUGAUUUUUUGAAUGAGUGGAGACUGGGUGAAAUUCUUACGGAGAAGGGAGUUCCACAGAAGAGGUGCAGCUCUGGAGAAAUCUUGGAGGCGAGCAUUAGAGGUGGGAGUACGGACAGAGGAUAUAUGUAGGUCUUUGGAAGAGCGUAGAGGCCUGGGACUGGACAUACUUGUGUAUUAGGGAGGAUAGGUAGGUUGGAGCAGCAUUAUGUAAGGACUUAUAAGCAAGCUUUAGAAUUUUAAAUUGAGCCCUCUAUCUAACUGGAAGCCAAUGCAGGGACUGACAGAGCAGGGAGGCGUGGGAGGUGCGAGUGGACAUGAAAAUUUGCCUCGCUGCCGCAUUUAUUAUAGAUUGCAGCGGUGCAAUUUGGGAACACGUAAGACUACUGAGAAGUAAGACUACAGUAGUCAAGGCGAGAGAGAACAAAAGCAUGGACCAGCACCUUAGCCGCAUCCGAGGUUAAAUAGGGGCGGAUGGAAGCUAUAUUAUUGAGAUGGAAGCGACAGUAUUUGGUGAUUGAUUGGAUAUGAGGGGUGAAGGAGAGGUUGCAGUCAAAAAGAACACCCAGGCAGUGAGCCAUAGAAAGAAACACUGAUAGAUAGGAGAAGCACCAGGAGAGAGCAGUAUGCCGUAGACCAAAAUUAUGGAGAAUGCGAAGGAGCUGUUGAUGAUCAACAGUGUCAAAUGCAGCAGAAAGAUCAAGGAGAAUUAGGAUAGAGUAAUGACCGCGGGAUUUAGCAGCAAUUAAAUCGUUGGAUACUUUGCUAACAGCGACAGAAUGACCAGCGCGGAAUCCAGACUGAAGGGGGUCAAGUAGAGAGUUGGAUUCAAGAAAGUCAGUCAGUCUGGUGUACACAACUCUCUUGAGGAUCUUGGAGGCAAAUGGCAGUAGUGAGAUAGGGCGGAUGGGGAGUUGGGUCAAGGCUGGGCUUUUUCAGACUUGGGGUUCCAGUUGCAUGUUUGAAGGGUGAGGGAAAUGUGCAAGAGAAAAGGGAGAGGUUGAACAUUUUAAUUGGUUAAAGGGGCAGUUCCAUGUAAAGCGACCUAAUGACAGUAACAUGUUUAAUGGGUUAAAGAAAAGGUCCAUGCACAGUGACCUAACGGCAGUUACAUGUUUAAUGGGUUAAACACUCUAAGGUUACAAAUAUAGUUAAAAUUAAAAAAGCAUUUAAACUCAUUUGUUAUGCAGCUGGAAUGAACUCUAUUGGGCAGUCAUUCUGCUUCUUAUGAGACCAUCCAUUUGGAUGACGUUGGUCCAGUCCAAUGAUUCUCACAGAAAUCACUGGCACAUGCGCGAUAAUCGCCUCACUCAGCCAAUCAGUUUUGAUUCCAAUAAAUUCUGCUCUCUAAGAAAUAUCCACAGUGUUUGGCAACCGUGAAGACCUUUAAAAGGUGAAGGUCUUUAAUGAGGAAACAUCUCUAGUGGAUGUCCAUCUUUAUGGUCAAAUUGCCAGACUGCAGGGAUCUUGUCUAUAUACCAAAACCAGUUUAUUAAUAUGAACCGGUUUGGGUGCCUAGAAUAUCUAUUUAAUAAAUUAAAUGGUCAGUUCUUUCUAAGGUGACCAACUGAAUGAUACAAAGCCCUAGUAAUCUUUAGAGUAGCGCUGCUAAAUAAAAUAAAUAGUAAAAUAUAUUGUGAAUUUAUGUAUAGAAUAAGUGUAUUACAGCCCCAUUACCGUAUUCCUGCUGUGACUGGCAGGGCCAACCUUAGGACAUUAGGCGCCCUGUGCCCCCCUCCCCCAUCCUCACCGGUCAUACACCUUCAUCUAUGUAUGUGUGUGUGUAUUGGAGUGUAAUGUUUGCAUAGGGGAUUUAUUAAAUUUUAAAUUAUUUAAAAACAAAUAUUCAUUCCCUCUUCCCUGUUGUUACCUUGCAGUGAGGGGGGGAAUGCAGAUCUCUGGUGUUCCAGUGUGCUGGGAAUCUGGUCAGCCCCUUCACCAGGUGCAGACUAUGAGUAACUGUCUAGCGAACCCAGGCAUUUACAGUGUCAGAGCUUUCCUCUUGUAAUCCGUGGCAAUGCACUGAUUGGCCGGAGCGCGGAAGACAGCUACCUAUGGUCUGCAGCCAACAGAAGUGUAACCCCUGUAACCCGGCCAUGUGUGAGCUAUGUCGACUGCAUGGCGCCCCCUGAUGCCGUGGCGCCCUGUGCGGUCGCCCAGCUCGCACACUCCUUAGGCCGGCCAUGGUAACUGGAGAGGCACACUUUACUGCAAUAAUAUUUUCUAAGUGUAAAUAAUAGUUCCAAGCCGAACAUAAAAGAAAAGGAGAAUUGAUAAUAUAGUUUAGUAUAUUUUAAUACAAUACAAUAAUGGAGUAAAACAUAUAAAAAGAAUACCCGUAACAAACUCACAGAGUUAUUUACUAAACUAAGAAUUCAAAGUGAAUUUCAAAUUUAAAGUAACUCUAUAGCAUUAGGCGUGCAAUCAAUGUUAUUUUGCAAGAGUCUAACAUUUUUCAUUAGAUCUUUUUACAACCCAUUUCUGCCUGUUUUUUUAGUAAUAGUUUUUCUCUUGUUUGAUUCAUACAAUAUAUUGUGAUUGUGGUUUUGUGCGCAGGAUGUGUGCCAAUGGACAUAAUUACAUAAUUUAUGUUAAGUUUCUUCCCAGAGUUUAGCCAUACCUCAUUUUAUGUUUAACACAGUUUUAUUGUUUCACCUGGCAAUAUCUGCAACAUUUAUCGAGGUGAUCUAAUAGCUCACAGUUUGAAAUUAUUCAACCAUUUUUCCACUCAUCUCUUUUAAACGGACACUAUAGUCACCUGAACAACUUUAGCUUAAUGAAGCAGUUUUGGUGUGUAGAACAUGCCCCUGCAGCCUCACUGCUCAAUCCUCUGCCAUUUAGGAGUUAAAUCCCUUUGUUUAUGAACUCUAGUCACACCUCCCUGCAUGUGACUUGCACAGCCUUCCAUAAACACUUCCUGUAAAGAGAGCCCUAUUUAGGCUUUCUUUAUUGCAAGUUCUGUUUAAUUAAGAUUUUCUUAUCCCCUGCUAUGUUAAUAGCUUGCUAGACCCUGCAAGAGCCUCCUGUAUGUGAUAAAAGUUCAAUUUAGAGAUUGAGAUACAAUUAUUUAAGGUAAAUUACAUCUGUUUGAAAGUGAAACCAGUUUUUUUUCAUGCAGGCUCUGUCAAUCAUAGCCAGAGGAGGUGUGGCUAGGGCUGCAUAAACAGAAACAAAGUGAUUUAACUCCUAAAUGGCAGUGAAUUGAGCAGUGAAAUUGCAGGGGAAUGAUCUAUACACUAAAACUGCUUUAUUUAGCUAAAGUAAUUUAGGUGACUAGUGUUUCUUUAAAUUCUACUUAUAGUUCAUCUUUUUCUUUUUUUUCUUUCAUGUGUAUGGUAUUACAGUUGAAGAAUGUAUUUACUUAUUUACUAAAGCUAUUUACUAGCGUGGGAAAGACAAAGUGAAUUUCAAAUUAAAGGUCAAAAUAACCAUUUUAAAAUUCAUGGCUGGCACUGUGCAAUGGGGGGGAGGAAGAUACCAUCACAAUGAUGCUUACGUGUUUUGUGCUUCAAGGGAACUUCGUCAUUUACAGAGUAGAGCUGGAGAUAUUUUUCCUAAUUUUGCAUUGACCUCAUUAAAACCCCAGGACAUUUAUUUUAGAGCUUUAGAACUGGGUUACUUGAAUCGUGAAUAGUUUUUUGUCAUUUUGUGGUAGUUUAGCAAAAAUUAAACAUUUUUCCACUAUGCCUCUUUACAUUGGGUCCCUUUAACGAACUUGACAUGUCAAUUUUAUUACUUUAUGUGGAACUGACAAUUAAACCUAGUGGUCCGUCUGGGACAUUUCCAAACCUCUAAAUACUUUAUUGCAACCAGAGCCGUCUUUCUCAGUUUGAUCAGAGUUGUUCUGAAGUGACAAUGUGUCCUGCAUUGACCAGAUACAUGGGACAUAAAAUGGAAGACAGACAGAAAAAAUUGUCAGACUGGCACAGACACAUACACAACCAGGCACAGGGCUUUGGUCAUUAUAUGUCUUCCUGAGAAGUAUUGUAUUGGAUUGAGAUACUCUGAACUGAUGAUCUCAGAAUAAGUGUAGCAGCUCCAGGGUAGGAAUCAUCCGUCAUUGGAUUGCAGUUAAAUAACACUCCGGGCAACAUAACAACCUGAUGUAUUUUCUUUUAAUGAAUGGCUUCCAGGUUUUUCUUCUGCUGUACUCGUUGACUGUACCUUUAAGCUCAGUUUUUUUGUUAGUUACUUGUGUGGUUUAUUCUCACUGAGUUUUUUUUAAUCACAGUGUUAAACUGGUCAACCCAGAAACCGUUGACCUAUUAUUAUGUGUUACCUCUUAUUUUUAAUGUAAUUGUUUUCGUUUUUAUAUUUCUCCCAUAGUUGUGCACAACUGUUUAGCUUAAAUACCCCUAUUUUAUUGUAGGUGUUAAGUAUUUGCUAUUACAUUGUAUAUAUUGUCUUUAUUUUACUGUAGGUAAAGAGACACUCAAACAUCGAGGAGAGGUCAUGUCCAAGACAGAAGAGAGACCUUCCAGAGAAAAGAAAGAAAAGACACAAUGGUGAGGAGGGUAGGUAG